CAACAAGUCGAUGAAGCAUUCCUUGAAUCGAGAUGAGAAGGCGAGGCCAAGGAGGGCGAUGACAUAUUUGUUCGGUUGAUCGACAGUCGAUUUUCGGCGAUUUAAAUAUCCCUGAUCCUCACCGUCUACCCCCGAGGGGCUGUUUCUUACAAGAGAGAGUCCCAACCUCCGCGAUCGCUCGCGAUUACCGCAUUUCCUCUCACCCGACAUCGGGUUGAAACGCCACCAUGUUGCUGGAUCAAGUCCCAUACGAAAUAAUCCAGCAUCUGCUUUACUAUGUCUCCCCCGAAGACAAUCUCGCUAGUUUCCAACUCCUGUCCCACCGUUUGAACCGCCUUGCCAACGAGCCCCUGCUCUGGAAAUACCACUGCAGGAGCAGCUUCAGAUUCUGGAACCCCGAGCAUGGAUUCCAACGUAGGCUGAAUCAGAGGGCCUCGGAGGCCCACUGGAAGUGCCUGUUCAUUCUGCGCCAUACUCGCAAUGUCCAGAUAUCUCAUCUUUUGGAUGAGAUUCUUGCGACCAAAGUCGGCCGCUUAAUGAAGUUUGAACAGAUCUGUCGCCUGGGGUAUGAUGCCAAGGACUUUCUCUUGGACCAGUGUCACGCUGAGGAAUCCGCGGAAGAUGUUUUGGCGAGACGCUAUUAUGGUAAUGCGAUUCUGGACAGUAUUCACCGAAGCCUCGCUCUUGAGGAGUGGCAUCGGAUCCAGCCCAUAAACAUCAUGCCUGGCGGACCUCCUUCAAACACUAGUCUCGAGCGGGUACUAGGGGCCUUUGAUUUGUUUGUGCUCCACGAUCAGCCUGGUGAUUUGGAUGAUAUUGCUCGCCUGCUGGAUGAGAGGGCUUCGGAGUUCCAGAACAGUAGGCCAGGCGUGAAUGAGAUGACAACACGCCAGAAGGCACUGGCACUCAAUCGGUGGCUUCGCACCAACAGCCUGACGGGUCUUCGGAAUCCCGAGCGAAGUUACCGAAACCUUCGGAACUGUUUAAUCGGUCAGGCUCUACGUCACGAGGACCAUGACUCUAUCCCCAUUAUAUCCAGUGCCAUAUUCUGCUGCAUCGCCGAAAGAUUAGGAUUGCGGGCUCAGUGUUGCUCAUUUCCCACCCAUGUCCACACUAUUGUCUUCGCGGAGCAUGGCAAGACAUUGGAUGGCAUCUCAUUGACUCGAGAGGGAGCGCCCCGAGAAAUGAUGUACCUAGAUCCUUAUGGUUCUGAUGACGAGAUACCAAUGGCUACUCUGCAAGCCAUGCUGUCUCAAUUCGGCUGGCAAGCUAGCACUGAUGCUUUCUUGGCUCCGGUGCCCCCCAUCUCUGUUGCGAUGAGGACUGCACGUAACAUUAGAGCCACCUCCGCAAGAGCAGCUGAGUCCCGAGACUUGAAUGACCCCGAGCUCACACAGCUCAUGAGCGGAAACGGUUCCAUGAACAUGGAUGCCGCCCUCUACUCUGCCUUGUGGGCGGCUCUCCUGAUGACGCCUGUCAAUGUCUUCGCAUGGGACGAGAGUCUAGAGCCAUUCCUCCGCCGAUUUGCCAAAAGUUGGCACGAAGAUGCGUGGCUGGUCGAGAAAUAUCUUAUCCCCCUAUACGACCAGUUUACGCCCCUCCGAGAUAGAUUCGCCCGCAAUGGUCCUCAGGGAUGGGACGACCCUCGGGAGAUCCUGGGUCUUGUGCGAGAACUAGACGGCCUAACGCCUCCUGUUUUUCGAAGAGACCGGGAGGGUAUGCAGCCAGUGCCGUACAAGAUUGGCCAAGUCUUUCAGCACAGAAGAUAUCGAUGGAUCGGAGUCAUCAACGGUUGGACAGACCAGGGGACACGCCGGCUUCCCAUGCCGCAUACGGUGGCCAUCGACGAGACGCUGGAUGAUAGCAGUGACACUGAGCUGCCCAGCCUGGUGCGUCCUCGGAACCAGACCUUCUACACCUGCCUACGCACAACGGGACCCGAGCGACAUGUAGUUGCCGAGGACAACAUUGUGCUGAUACAAAAUGCGGAUGAGAUCCCAGAAAGUAUACUUCCAUUGGCUGGGAAGUUCUUUAAGAGAUUCGACAGGGCUACUUGUAGUUUUGUGUCAAAUAUCAAGGAGCAGUACCCAGAUGAUUAGAGCACUGAUUUGCUUUUGCUCUUCUCUACUUUUCAUUUAAUUUCCUUUUUAUUUGGCCAGACGUGCCUUUCUCGACGCAGAAUGAAAAUGAAGCUCGUUUUAGAAAUAGGGGACACGACCGGCGUUAGAGACGACUUACGAGAUUUUAGUUUUGAGAGGCGUAUGACCGUCGUGGAAUACGCCAUCAAAUGACCAGCAACACGGUUUCUAAGAGCGAUAGAUAUUCAUGAAUCGAUCUUUUGAAUUUUUUCCUCUCGUGAAAGUGACC